AUGUCUUAUCAUAGAGUUGAUACUCCCAGGCUAUUGCCUCACCGUCUGCUUAUUCUUCUCUUGUUGCUAUUGACAGUAGUACAAACAGCCGUGCAGGCGGAUGAGACAACUUGGGUGGAUCCCAACAGUGGUGAAGUUGUGCUUCUCACUUCAGGAAAGAUACAACAGUCUACGGCGCCUUUGCAGACACCUGUGGGAUUGUGGCCACACGGAAACAGACGCGAUGAUGAUGCCGCCUUUUUUGCAAAAGAAGAUGCGGCAUAUGAGGAAUGGUUACUUAGGGUAAAGGAGCAAAAGAAACAAGAGGAAAAACAGCAACGUGAAGAGAUGCAAAAUGAGGGAGAGAAGAAAAAUAGUAAAAAAGAAUCUCAAAAAUCUAUUACAGUGGAAUUAUCACCAUUAGCUGUAAAGGCUCGUGCAGAUGCACGAUGGAAGUUAAUAAAAGGACUCAAAAAUUCUUCAUCUGUAAAUGUAACUUCCUUUGAAAAUGUGCGAAAACUUCUUGAAAAAGAUACUCUCUUCUUAAAAGAGAUACUCUCUAGUGAUUCUCUCUUUGCUCCAGAUAUCGCUAAAGAUGGUUCACGUGAAGAAGAAUAUAUUCAUUUAAUAAAUACUGUAUUUAGUCAUACUGUAGUUAAUAUGACAAGUGUAAAAGAGAAUACAUGGGUUAUGGAGAAAAUAUCUGCUCUUCCGUACCCAAUAGUGCUUGAUGGUGAACCGGUAACUCGCGGUGUACGAGAGGUGCGUAUAAUGGAAGAAGAAAGUAGACGUAUAGAAACGGCAUGGUAUGCAUCCAAUAUAACAGAGAAAAUUGCAGGUGAAAAGAUUAAUAUGACCCAAAUAAGAGAAAAUUUAUUUGUUUCAUCUACGAUAUUAAAUGCUAGUAGACGGGCACACCAAAUGGUUCUAUCGUUAGUGACUCCAUUACUACCUUAUGCGCGUCAGUCUCUUAUUAAGGAGUUACAUCAGGUGGAAUCCAAGAUGAGUGCUAAUGAUGAAUCUACUACUGCUUUGCGUCAAGAAUUAAAAGAAUAUACACGACGUAAAAAAAUGCUUGUUUCCUUUAAAGAACAAUUAACGAGUGCUGAGCGACAAAUACAAAGGGUUCACUACAGUAAAUCAUUAUUACCAAAGGAUGUAUUUGUAGUGGCCUUAGCUCUUAUCGCUAAACUGAGACUUGGACAAGACACUGGUAUUAAUGGCACAGAUAACAUACCACGUAUAGGAAUAUGGACAGAUCUUACUGGAGCAUUAGAAGAGGAAUUAAAAACUCUUAUUUUCUUACCUUUUGCUACUAGUCUUAUUCUGGUUGCUGCCACUUCAUGGGUGCUUUUGGGUACACGAGAAUUUUGGCUAAGACGUAUACGAAGGGUUUUACUUUCUCAUCGUGCAUCUUUGGGCGAUAGAAAACCAAAGGAACAAGCUUCUUUUAGGCGUCUUUGUCUCAGAUUAAACUUGCUCAUUGAGGCUUUGAUUCCGUUCUUAUUACCAGCUUUUUUUCUUUACCGUAACGCUAAUAGUAAGAAGGAAGAGGUGUCGUUGUAUUCAAUUUUUCUUUUUUCGUCUCCAUCUCAACGUUUGAUAUUAGGUGGAAUAGUGGUAUCCUUUUUUUUGGCAAGUAAUGUGGUGUCCUCAUUAAUGGGUACAUUGUAUAAAUAUACAUCGAUAUCUAAGGGGAAACAGAAGAAAACAUCUUGA